UCGUCUGCAGUGAUCACUUUAGCCAUGCAGAUGCUAAAGUCGUCUGCAAAGAACUUGGUUUUAAAAAUGGCCUGGCUUAUAACCUAAUGGCAUCGUUUCCAUACAGCCGUUACACAGAAGAUGAGCCGAUUCUUUCAAAUUUGAAUUGCAUCGGAAACGAGGCCAGACUAAAAGAUUGCAAUGGUUUCCGGUUGGAUAACGUAACUUCCUGUACGUGGUUUGCUGCGGCACUUUGCUACAAUAACAAGCCGUACGAGCUACGCCUGGUAAACGGUAUAAAUCCGGAUUCCGGCAUGGUGGAGAUGAAAGUCGGCGAGGAGUGGGGAACUUUGUGUGCAAUCAGAAAUUUCGACGAUGACGUGGCUGAUAUUUUGUGCCGUAGCAUGAACUUUACCGGCGGUUUAGCAAUAGACCGGGGAAUGCUCGGCGAGGCAAGGUUAGCUAAAGUCUGGUUGCCGUACAUUUCGUGUACGGACGGAGCGGACAUUAAACAUUCAAUAUUGGAAUGUAGUCUUAUACUAAAUACUGAAGAUAUUUUAGUGGAUUUAAUGGAUCACAGAAACAAUAGAUACAAAAAUGAGUAUAUGGCAUGUUUAAGUAAGCCAAAUUCAUACGCGUCCGCCGUGCAAUGCCUGAUAUGAGCUGCCGUGCAUUAUAUAAAGGAAAAAUGUACGAUGAAAAAAUGUUCCAAAUGCACAGGUAGAAUUUCUACCUACAUUAAACAUUAGUUGUAGCUCUCUUCUAAAUCAAUUUGAAGCAUUUGAUGCAAAAGAAAGUUUUUUUUCAACAAGAUUUUUUCAUUUUCAAUUGCAUUUAAGUUAAGUGAUCCGAGAUAAAUCAACUCAAAUGGUACAUGUACUUGUAUUAAGGAACUAUCUCUUGGAAUAUGUGAAAAGGCAUUUCACCUUCUCCCUUUUUGCUGUGAUUUUAGAAAGAUUUAGAAACAUGACUUACUUUCGGAAAGAUGU